AUGGAGACCCAGAGCUUCACAGCUCGAAGGGCCGCCGCCUCCAAUCUACCGACUUUCCAGCUACCGCCCCCGGAUCAUCUCCAGUCAGGAAUGCAUAACAAGUACCCAGCAUACGCGCCUACCAGUUCCGCGCCCGUCCCUUCGGUGAGCAGCGUUCUCACUCCUCCAGCGGCCCUACCAAACGAACACAGUCCUUUGUCGAGCGUAAAUAGUGGAAGUUCGGGGAGUUCAGCAACGGGUGUUGGUCCAUAUCAACCGAUGGGAUACUGGCCCGGGCCUGCAAACAAUAUCCAUAACCCGGUAUCCUAUGCUUACAGUUCAGCUCCACCAAUGCCUGCUCCGUACGCGCAACAGCAGAACUUCAUGAACGGGCGGCCACUGUACUCACCAUCAACAAAUUUCCAGAAUCGGAGCACGAAUUCUCCUACUUCAGGAGAAGGACUUCCCCCACCUCCAUUCGAUCUCAGUCUUCCUCCUUUUCCCACGAGCAUGAGUUCUUCCGGCGGGCAGCAGCAGCAACAACAACAGCAGCAACAGCUUCCAACUCUUGCCCCGCAACAACAGCAGCAGCAGCAACAUCAGCAACACCAACAACCCUCUGCAGCGCCACCGCCCCCUCAACAGUUGAAUAACAAUGGUCUGAAUAACACCCACCACGUGUCACAGGCACCACAUCAAGGACCAAUCCACGCGCCGGAAUAUGGGGGUCGUCCUCCUCCUACCCCAACGUACUACACCCCUUCAUCAACACCCCAACAAUCCACGUUCCCUGCAUAUACCCAACAAUCGCCAACCCAACAGUCUCCUCCAAGUUCAUCAUCCGCACCGAUCAACCGAAUUUCUCCAGUUUCCGCACCACAAGGAUACCAAGCGAGGCCUUAUGGAGGAUUCAACCUACCUGCCAUGAACGGUCCAAUCAUGUCGAAUAUCCACAACCCGGGAAACCAGAUGGCGAUCGUUGGAGGGAUGAACAUGCAAUAUCCACCACACCAGAUGAGCGGACCGAUGUAUGGACAUCAUCCUGAGCGACAGCCACAGAAUGACCGGCCUUUCACAUGCGAUCUAUGCCCACAGUCUUUCAAUCGAAAUCACGAUUUGAAACGACAUAAGCGAAUCCAUUUGGCUGUGAAGCCUUUUCCGUGCGGACAUUGUGAUAAGAGUUUCUCGCGUAAAGACGCAUUGAAGAGACAUAUCUUGGUCAAGGGAUGUGGAAAGAACUUAACAAAUGGUACCGCAAAUACUAGUACUGGAAGCCAGUCACCAGUUGACAAGUCCGAAGUGAUGAGUGACUCGACCGAGGGUCAUAGUCCGGAGAUCAAAAAGGCAAAUUGA